UUGUAACCUGAAAGUGUUCUAUAACAGUUUAAUUUUAACAAAAUAAAUGUAAAAUGGUAUUAAAUAGUUUAUUAUGGUAACAGAUUUUUUAUUUCAAUGAAAUAUUCAUAAUAAAAGAGAGCUAAGAUUACUUUAUUAUGCUAAUGGCUGACGAAAAUCUUAAAUUAACUGAAGAAAAAAAUAUUGAUCCUGACAAUAAAGAUAAUGAGUCAAAGACUUUUGAUAAAUCUUCUUUAAGAUAUGAAGAUGGGAAAUGUUUCUAUAAAGAUCCUGAGUCAGGAGUGGAUUAUGAAUGGAAAGAAAGUUCUGGAAAAUGGGUAACAAAUACUAAUGAUUAUGUCUUUGAUGGUGAAACCUAUGUUUACACUGACAGUAAAACAAAUAUUAGUUAUAAGUGGGAUAAGGAAGAAAACAAAUGGGUGCAAAAUGAAGGUAUUUCACUGACUAAAUCCAAAAUAAAAAGUAAUGAUGAAAAUGAUGAAGAAGUAGAUUCUGAUGAUGAAGAAAAAGAAGUCAUACGGCAAGAUAUGUCCAAAGGUACUUAUGGUACUGAUGGGAAUUCUCUUACUUAUACUGACCCCAACGAUGGGUCAGUUUAUGUUUGGGACAAAGAAAAAAAUGCUUGGUUUCCAAAGGUUGAUGAUGAUUUUCUUGCACAUUACCAGUUAAAUUAUGGAUUCUCAAAUCCUGAUACUCAAGAAAAAAGUAAAUCUCCAGAAAAAGAAGACUCUAAAAGCAGCUCUGAAGUUAAACCUGAUGAAGCAGAAGUUCUCAAAAGAAAAGCUCAAGAACCAACUUGGUUUGACAUUUCUGAUGAAACUAACAACAAGGUUUAUGUGAGCAACUUACCUUUAGACAUUACUGAAACAGAGUUUGUUGAUUUGAUGCAAAAAUGUGGCCUUGUAAUGAAGGAUCCAGAUUCUGGAAAGAUGAAAGUGAAGUUGUACACCGAGAGAGGAUCUGAUGUUCUGAAAGGUGAUGCUCUUUGUACUUACAUUAAGGUUGAAUCUGUCGCAUUAGCUUUAAAUAUCCUCGAUGGAUACGACCUGAGAGGAAAUAAAAUUCAUGUGGAAAGGGCUAAAUUUACUAUGAAAGGUGAAUCUUAUGACCCAUCAUUGAAGCCCAAAAAAAAGAAAAGGAAGGAUAGAGAAAAAAUUAAAAAAAUGCAGGAAAAAUUAUUUGACUGGAGACCAGAGAAAAUUGUGGGUGAAAGGUCAAAACAUGAAAGAGUUGUCAUUAUCAAGAAUUUAUUUCAUCCAAAAAUAUUUGAUGAAGAUGUUUCACUUAUUCUGGAGUAUCAGGAAGACCUUCGUGAAGAGUGUAGAAAAUGUGGUGAUGUUCGAAAAGUUAUGCUUUAUGAUCGUCAUCCAGAAGGUGUCGCACAAGUAAUCUUCAAGGAACCUGAAGCUGCUGAUGCUUGUGUUCAGCUUCUCAACAACAGGUGGUUUGGAAAACGUCAGAUUACUGCUGAAACGUGGGAUGGAAAAACUAAGUUUAAAAUUGCUGAAACAGAUUCAGAGAUAUCUGAAAGAUUGGAUAAUUGGAGCAGCUUCCUUGAAGGAGACAAAACAAAAAAAGUAAAAAUUGAAAAAACAAAAUCAGAAGUUACUGUUCCGAAGUCUGAAGAAAUUAACAAUGAUUCUGAUGGAACCAGAAGCAGUGCUGGAAGUGGUGAUGAAACUGAUGAAGAGCAUUAGCACAUUUUGGCUAUUUUUUUGUUUACUUUAUUUUUUGAACAUUAAAAAUGCCAAGUAUGUAUUGACCACAAAGGAACUAAAAUAAUUUCAUUUGUCAAAGAGAUGUCUAUCAUAAUUAUGUAUAAUAUUUUAUUUACUAUUUAUAAUGUAGUUAAUUAAAUUAAAUGUAUUAUGUUAUAUUAUUUAAUUUAUUCCAUUUUUUUUUAAUAUUAAAAGAUAAUGAAUUCUUUUAAUAAGUUGAUAAAGAGGAAUUAAAAUCAACCUAAUAAAAACUGUCACAGAG